GCGGCCUGGGUCUCUGCUUGUUCGCCUGCAUAGACGGCCAAGAGAGAUCUGUAUUCUCUCAGGGAAUCUACCGAGCUGUGACCAGUGCGUGGGCACGCUCGCGCGAGCAACGCAGCAGGCCACGGCUCCCUCCCCCCGAGAGCGUGGCACGACGCCGUCGCGCAAGCCGCGGAAACGACAACAGACGCGACAACAGACGCGACAACACGCCAGAAAGGCACCAUGCCCCCCGCGAUGGACGGCUUCCUCCAGCGACGAACGAGGUACGGCGCGUGGAAGGAAAGGUAUUUCAGGAUCGAGGGCUACCAGCUCAAGUAUUAUAGUGAUCAUUUGACGGCCAUCAAAGCGACGCGGAACGACGAGGGCCCCUAUCAAUACGAUGCUGUUGGUUCCGCCGCGGAAGCUAUUGAUUUACGAGGCGAGACGUCCCUCGAAAAUACGGAAGACACUCAAUUCUUGCUCAAGCACGGCUCUCGCCGAUUAGAAGUUCGGUUAGAUUCCAAACAACAAAGAGAUGAGUGGGUGAAGACUUUAAGAACCAUAGUGGAAGAACACGGGAAAAGACAAACACGCGUCGGCACGCUGUCGAUCGAGUGCGACGGCGCCUACGUCAUGAGCCAGCCCGAGGCUUGUAGUUUACAGUUCCAGUUCCGGGACCACGUCUUCUCGUCGCCGCCCCAAGAGAUCGAAAAGCGGCCCGAGUUGAUCUACGAGAACCUCGAUGGCGUUUUUAACGACGUCGGCUUCUGUCCCUUGAAGCUGCGGGCGUCCCUGCCGGUCUACCAGACGUCGAACCAGUUCGAGUUACGAGUGGUACCCUCGACCAUAGCGGCUGCCGAUGCCGCGCGAGCGGCCAAAGAGUCCAAACCCAAGCGCUGGUUCGGCGGCGAAGAUGACACUACCCUAGAAAGAGCCUCGGAAACCUUGCGGGCGAAGCACUCGGAAAAGGUGAAGAAGGCGAAUUCUAAAUUGUACGACGCGCUGGUUGGCGAGGACCAUCACAAGGAGCCCUUUGCUGUCCGACAUUCUACGUUGUUCGAGUUGCGAGCCGAAUCCGCAGCCUCGGACGUCGGGUGUGUCCUAAGGCCGGCCCAAGCGUUGAGGAGGGCGACGCAUGCUAUACGGGCGCAUCGGCGCGACGCGGCCGCCGCGUCGGCCCUAGAAGGUGACGUCGCGUUCGACCCGUGGUGGCCGGCGCGCGCGCCGGACGGCACGGCGCCGCGGUCGGGCUGGCGCUGGUACGCGCUGUUUGACCGCGUCGCCGAGCCGGACCACGAGGCGGAAAAGGAGGACGUCGGUCCCUUGAAGGUGAGAGCUCUAUUGCAUUGUAAAUUGCGGUACGACGAAGGGUUGCUAGCCGUGGCGCACGCCCUACCGAGGUACGAAGCGCGGGACGAGCACGACGAAUUUCGCACGGACUUACUGACGGGAGGUAUGACUCGUUUAGCGGCCGCCAGUGAUCAACUAAAAGACUACCAGAAGGGCUUUUUUGAAUUGGUCGCUUGUAGACACCUCGGGAAAUCAUUAGUAGCGUACGUGUUCCUCAUGGCCGGGUUGUUGCUACCGCCGGAGCACGCCGCUUUGAGCAUUGCUCCCUUCGCUCUGUUGGCGUUGAUGCUCGCAGGCUUACCGAAAGCGCGCCACGUGGGCACGGAGGACUACUUCCAGCGAGAUAAGGUCUCGGCGAUCAAGCGGCCGGUCGCCGAGGUUUCUGUCGCGGUUCUACAGGGUCGCAAUCUCGUGGCCGGCGACGCGGCCUUUUCGGAGAACCCCUCGUCGGAUCCGUACGUUGUUGUGGUACAUAAACCACCUCAGAAUAAGCAUCGCCUGGCCGACGUCAUUGUUGGGAUUUCAGCGGCCAAGCUCAAAACGCUCAAUCCCGAGUGGCUCGGCCGAGGUGUCGACCGACUGCAGAAGAUGGAAGAGGAGGACGAACUAGAAAGGCCCAAAGUCGGGCGAGCUUUAUCGGCCGACUCGCACUUGGAUCAGAUCUUCUCGCUCAUUGCGCCUGGUCUACACAGUGAAGGCACGCUCAUAGCCGAUGUGAGUGAAGCAAACAAGUCGCGAGACGCUUCGAAGUUAUCAGGUGCCGCAUUAGCUGUUUAUGGACAUGUGAAAGCACCAGCAAUAGAUUUUCGCGCGAAGUGGCGGCCCGGCCACGCCCCCAGCGAGGCGGCCUGGAACUAUCCCCUGCUGCAGGAGGUCGACAGUGGCGGUGUCGUCGAGACGCUGGUGCCCUGGCGGCGCUGCAAGGGUUCUGUAUUGGUGGACGUCUAUGACAGAGACGUGGCGUCCUCAGAUGAUUUCUUAGGUAGGGUCAGUAUACCUUUAAGGGAUGUCGCUCGAGCGAAGAACAAGAGUGUGGAGGGCUGGUACGCCAUCGAGCCGUCCGGCGAUGAGGUCAAAGACAAAGCCUUACAUGAUCACCUGAAGAAGAAGGGGCUCACCAAAGCUCCUCGUAAGGGAGAAACUUUUGGCGCUUUAAGACUAAGACUCUCGCUGCGCGUCGAGACGACGCGGGCCCAGACCAUCCGGCCCUGGGCCGACUGGCGCUCGGAGCAGGCUCUCUGUAGGACGCUACUCGAACCCGCGACGCAAGAGGGUGGUAGCAAGAAAGGGUACGUCGGGCAGUACAAGUCCGUGACGCGGACCAUGAAGCGCACGCAAGAUGACAUCCUGUGGAUCGCCGGGUUGUUGGAAAGGUUCCUGGCGUUAUGUACGUGGCAGCAUCCCCGCAAAACGCUAUUCUUUUGUUUUGGGUUACUUAUGGCUUACGUCGUCUGUUGCUUGAUCCCCAACCGGUUGUUAGUGGCAGCGGUCAUCAGUAAGAUGUUCCUGGGCGGCUUGAUGAAGAGGUUGAGGUACGGCAACAAAGUGAUCAGGAAGGGUCACAAAGCGCGGGACGCGACGCAAGUCAUGGCCGAAAAUUUCUUAAGUUCCUUGCCGACGGCGCCGCAACGAGAAGUUGCGGCUCGCCAUAAACGUCUCGUAAGAGCCCAGCAGCACAAGCGGGAAUUAGGUCGUGUUAGAGUGGCAUUGAACUUUGCGUUCCGGGCGACGUGCAUGGGCCGCUGUGCGUUUCCCGUGAGUCAAUUGGGCAGGGCUCUGAGAGGAGUGGUCGAUGUUGAUGGCUUAGAAGAUGAGACGCAAAAAAAGGAGUGGGCGUCCGGUUUUUGCGCGGUGGUCACCGGGUUGUUGAUCGUGUGGCCGUCGCUGGAUGACGCGGCGGCUAAUAGGAAACCAGAGAGAGUUUUGGAAUUAGCUGGUCCUUUGACGGAGGCGCCCGUCGAUGCGCCUUCACCAGAAAGAGGCAUGGCGGCGGUGGCCGUGUGCACGCGCGGCGCGCUGAACCCCGUCGUCUUCGCCGUCAAGGUCGAGAUGGUCGACGCGUUCGCCGCCGCGAUUCGGAGCGAGGCGGCGAAGCGCUGAUUUCCUCCCGUGUAAUUUUGCCUUUUUGCUCGGUC